GAGCAAGGAGCCAAGGACCAGCCGAAAUUGGCCUCUGGAUCCAGCAGCGCGUUCGAUCCAAGAGAAGCUGGCGCUUGUGGGCCCGCAGCAGACCAGAUUCCCCCAGGCUUCAGUUACUGCAACUAUUUGCUUCAAGGUGACGUAAAGCGUUUUCUUAUUUGGACACCCAGCAUAGCAAAGUAGCCACAGAUUUCUCUCGAGGAAGCUUCCCCUCUUCGCCAGAACGCCUCCCUGGUUGCUCACGACCGAUUGACGCAUCUAUUUCCACCACCCUUUGAACAAGAGCAGACUGUCAUACAAUUGCGACUGCGCGACUUCCCCAAUUGUCAGGACUGCUGAACCAGCGCUAAUCUGGAAUGGCGUUCGCGCGAAUACGUGUGGAAGCCAAGCAAACGAUCAGCUCGUGCGGGAAGGCGACGGCGCCUGUUUCUGCUGGGGCCACUGGCAACGGCACAAUCGCAGCUUCCGGACCGGCAUCCGUGUCGCAGCCCCAGUCUGCUGCCCCAGUUAAUGCCCAGUCCGCCAGUAGCUCACGCGACAGCUCGCCUCAGCGCUACAGCUUGCCAGCUCGCGGCAUAUCCUCGCCCGGCACACUCGCAGCACGGCAUCGUGUGGCGAGCGCCGAUGACCUGGUCGCGCUGGCCUCGAGGAUGUCGCGCUCAACUGCUGAACCCGCCGCAGCGGACAACGCAGCCACGCCCAAGGAUGCGCCAAACGCUCCUGGAGCUGCAGCGUCUACCGGUCGCGCCAGUCGCAGCCCUGCUCGCGACGUUAGGCGGGCCAGCGUGAUUCGGGGCGCCGGUAACGCCUGUGGCAGCUCCGCCUCCGCCUCGGGCUUGUCACUGAGUCCCGGCCACCGCCGCAGCCAAAGCGCCAUAGUGCUUUCUUUAGGCACAAGAGUGAACGAGGGAGCGGCGGCGGCAGCAGAGGACAUCACUAUGGCAGUUGGCACAACCGCAGCAGGAGUUGCUCCUGGCGACACUGAAACACGUUCGCCAGAUCAGCAGCACCAUCAACAGCAGCAGCAAGUGAAGCCCUUUAACCGCCACGGGUCUGACUUUCGUGUCAAUGGCACGAAAGCCCCCGACGACCCCUCACGCGCUUCGUCAUUUGCGUGUGAGCCCCUUCCACCGCCACAGCACCAGCAGCCAGCACCUAUGUCGCCACCAUUGGUGCCGCGGCUUCGGCUGUCGCCGCUGCCCUCCACCUCCUUCACCUCCACCUUCGCUUCCACCCUAGACUCCACUUCAAAUUUCAGCGCCGCCUACGCCUCUACCUCGUCUGCAGCCUCGGCGCUCUCAUCUUCGUCGGUGCUGCCACCCCUGCUGGACAGCCACCCCUCUGCGCGGCAGCUGCUGCGUGAAGAGCAGCGGGCACGUGAGGUGGCUGCAUCAGUGGCGGCCAUUGCACGCAGCAAGGGCCUUGCACCGCCGCCAACGCCAACGCACGCGGCUGCCGCCGGUGCGGCUGCGGCCGCCGCUGGCCUGAGCUCCGGCGAUGCAGGCCUGUCGGCAGAGUGGGCAAGUGGCGAGCCCAGAGUGCUGCAGACCGCAGCAAUGAUGACGGAUCCCGAGGCGACUGCUUCUGCCGCCUCUAUGCCGGUUUCGGCGGAGGUGAGAGCUACAGAGACAGUGCCUUUGGUGGCAUCACAACAGCAGCAGCAAAUUCUGAUACGGCGCCUGCUGCCGCUGGGCUGGCAGCUGAACGGCAGCCCGCUGUGGCGCUGGGCGGAGGAGGGCCUGAGCCGCCAGCAGUCAGAGCAGCCACUUGAGCAGUUCGAGCAGUGGGACGCACAGGAGGUCGUGUCGGCAGCAGGGAUUGGCCAGCGGCAGCGACGCUCCACCGCGCCAGGGCCGCGCGUGGGCCCCUGCCCGGCAGCGGAGGCGCAGCUAGCAGCCUCCGCCGCCUGGGCGUCAGCGGCCGCAGCACCUGCCGCUGAUGGUGGUGGCCCCGGAGGCGCGUUCCAGCCAGCAGCCCCCGGUUGCGGCGCCGCCAUCGUCCUGUCGACGGCUGCAGAGUCGUCAGCCGUGGCCAGCAGCGAUGUCGGCGGCGCUGGGGAGGCCCACGCAUCUGCAGCUUCAGUCCUGUACUCGUCAUCAACUACUGCUGCUGGGCCCGCAGCAGUGGCGCCAGAUCCCGCCGUGGCCACGGACGCCACCUGCAAUGGCUCAGCCUCUGUGCCCAGCCCUGGCCCCGUUGCCUUGGGCCAUCCCGUCAGCCAGCCAUCCGGCAGCAGCAGCAGCAGCGGUCGCCUGUUCACGCCCUUCAUGCGACCCACGGCAGCUGAACCUUUCUUCCUGUGCAUGUGCACGCCGCGUGCCGCUGCGGCUGACGACUGCGGCAGGGCUAUGGGAGCGGAAGUGCAGCAGCCGGCGCCAGGGCGGCAUGGCAGAGACCAGGCACAAUGGCCUGCUGCGUCUGAUGCUGUCACUGGUGCGGCAGCGGUGACGGCAGCGGCUGAGUCGUCCACGCUGCUGCUGCCGGUGCCGCCGACGCCGGACGGCAUGGGGCCGCGACCGCUGCGGCUGGUGCCCUCGCUGCCCGCCGCCGCCGCCAGCUGCAGCGGCCAUGGUGCCGGUGGUGGCUUUGGCUUUGGCUUCCACCGCCUGACAGCAGCACCCCUAAGCCGCCUGGCCUCAGCAGCACCCCUGAGCCGCCUGGCCUCAGCAGCGCGGCCCGGUGCCGCUGUCACACGUCCUGUGGCGGGAGCUGCGGCUGAGGCGGCGGCAGGGGCGGCAGAUGGCGCCCAUGCUGCAAGCACCACAGCAGAUGGCAGCGGCGGCCCAGAGGUGUGUGCGAUGGUGGCUGCCUCGGCUGCGGCCCUUCGGCGACUGCGUCGCCUGCGCAACUUGCGCCGCACCCUGACUGGCGGUGGCGACCUGAAUGUCUUCCGCAUCCGCCACUACCACCACCAUGACGCUCCCGGUGCCACAGGCGUGAGCCACCUGGCACUGACGACCGCGGUGGCUGGCGCCGCAGCCAACGUGCUGACGCUGCUACCGGGCACGGGAGGCCUGGGCUCAGCCUUGUCCACUGCCGUCAGCCUGAGCUCCGCCGCAGCCGCUAUGACCAGAGCCGCCGCAGCCGCCACCGCCAACACAGACGCCGCGGAGUUGCGCAGCCCGGAGCCGUUUCACCAGGAGCAGCACAGCAGCAGCCACAGCGGCAGCCAUCGAGGCGCUUUGCUGCGGCCUGGCUCCCGCAUCUGGGGUGGAGGCGGCGGUGGCAGCGGCAGCGUUAUGGCGCUGGUGGCGAAGGCGCUGGCAGACGUGCUGGCUGGACAGGGCGCGCCGCCGUCUAGUCGCCAGGCACUACGGCGGCGCGUGCGGGCCGUGGUUGCAGGCGCCAGCCUGGCCUGGACCGCAGCCAACGUGGCCGCUCUGGCGGGCGCCCUGGGCCACCUGGACUUUGGUUCCGACCCCGCCGCCGCCACCAAGACACUGCUGGACCUGCUGCUCAGCGGACCCAGCCUGGCAGAGGCGGCUCAGGAUCUUAUGCGCCUGGGGGUGCUGGUAGGGCUGGUGGCCGGUGGCGGUAGCGCUGCCGCCGCGGCAGCCGUGGCAGCCACCACCUCCUCCCCUUCUACAACUGCUUCCAGCCAGCACCACGGCGAUCACCCCGGGCGCUCGCAGGGGCAUUCCCGGGGCGGGCAGGGGCACGGUCCCUGCACCGUGUGCGGUGGCGGUGGCGGUGGCAGUGGCAGCAGCUGUGGAGGACUGGGCACAAGGCAGCUGCAGGAGCAGGCGCUGGCAUCAUGCAUCGCAUGUGGAGCAGUGUCUGGAGCUGCCACGUAAUAUUGGGGGCUUUGUUUACUUCAUUCCAGUCUCCGCGGCCGUUUCAUCUUCUCCUGGGGCUCUCGGGCUCCCUAUCCGUCCGGGCGCUGCACCGCACCCCGGUACCAUUACUUACGGUUUCAUUACUUAUGAAUGCGACAUUACAAGGGUACUUAUGCGACUGGCCGUAUGCACAUUGUUCCUGGCCCCCAUUGUUCGUGGCCCGCAUUGCGCCGAAGUAAGGGGCUGUGUUUCAGGGCAGUUAAUUAUUUGCUUAAGUAGUUUAGGCAGGGAGACCCGGUCGCGUAGUGCCAUUGGGGCUGAAGAGAUUUGGGCUAGACUUGAAGCCACACACAUUGUGUUGGCGCAGCAGCAGUAGCAGUAGCAGUAGUAUCUAGCAAAGGGUCACACGAUCCCACCUGUACAGUCUGGUUUGAGAGGAAUCGUAGAUCCUCAUUUAUAUAAGACCGAGUGUACAGACUAGUACCGAAGAAGAACCAUUCUUUCUAAUACUUAGGCGGGUCUUCAGCCUGCAGGUAGGUUGGAAGGCAGAUCAUUCUGAGCGGGGCAGGCCUUGGUGCGCGAAGAGGCAAGACACUCCUUUGAUGCGUGUAUCCAUUCAUUGUGGUUGUUGGUAUCGGUCUAUAAUCCGAGAAAGAGUGCGAACGCUGUCAUGAGGGUGAAGAGGCCUUCCACGUAGGUUGUUGUUGCUGCUAACGAGUUUCACGUCUGCGCUAUCCCUGAGCUGGCCUGCGGUUUCAGAUGGCCGGUGGCGGGUGAUGAGGUGUGGUGUAGCGUUUGUGCGCAGCUGGAGGGAGGCGGAGGCGUGAACCUUCUUUUGCCGUCGAGCUAUGUCUCUCGAAGAGGGGAGGCCGCUUCGGCGGCCGAUAGCCCCCGUACACCCCGCUGACUGACCCCAAGUUGGUCGACAACGCACAUGGCGAAGGCGGUCGCUGGAUGGUGGCCGCUCCGUGCGGGUGGGGCGCGGCGCCUGGACUGCGGGGGGGGGGGGAGCCCGAGGGCCCCGCUAACCGCGAGACCAGGAGAACCUGAAAAGGCCACGGAUGCUGUAAAGGUGGUCGUCG